CCCCCGCUCCCUCUUCCUUCACAAGCGCUAUGGUCGACUGGAACUCGGAGGCAGAGAUCACUCAGGACGCCACGGUUUUCAAUAACCUCGUGCACGCCUGCAUCGGUCUCUACCUAUGGGAGUGGGCCACUGCUCUCCAAUUCGACUGGGACAUCGCUACUGGCAAGCGCCGGUUCCGAUGGCCUAUGAUCUUCUACCUACUCAAUCGAUAUAGUAUGGUCGGAGUAUGUAUUGGAUUCGCCAUUGUACAAAACUCGCACUCGUCUACGCUGCAAUGUACACCCUUGUACACGUACAUCCAGUUUGUCGGCGAUGCGUCGGUUGCCCUGCCAUCUCUCAAUCUUGCUAUUCGCACUAUGGCCGUCUGGUCAGACAACAAGAUCCUCACCGGCGCGCUAGUCCUCGUCAUCUUGGGUCACUGGGCAAUUUUGUUCCAAGGUCUCUCAGUGACGGCCAUCUCCGUUCCCGGUACGGGCGGGUGUGCAGUGACGCAUACAAACCUCAAAAUCAGCAUCAUUCUAUUCAUAUACACCAUGUGCUUUGACUUCGUCACGAUGCUCCUCAACGCAGUCAAGCUGGCACGACCUCGAAGCGGACACAGCUCGCUCACCCGCCUCCUCUUCACCGACGGUCUGAUUUACUUCGUGAUCGCAUUCGUCGCCAACACCAUCGCAACUAUAUUCAUGGUCAUGAACUUGAAUGCGGUGAUGAGCAUCAUGUUCGUCGUCCCCGCGGCCACGGCCUCGACUAUCGUCGCUACCCGCGCGUUCCGCCGGCUGAGUAACUUCAGCCAGUCACUGAAUGUCUACAGCGGCAGCGGCAGUGCACCACUAUCCAGUGGACGCGUCACUGCGCCACGUGCAACGGGUCUUGAUACCGGUGUUCAUGUGAAGAUGGAAACCUUUGCGGUAGCCGAGGACGACAGCGGCAGGCAGACCGGCUUCGAUCAUGAGGCGCAGAGUGACUACAAGGCUCGCGAUUUCUGAGCAUAUACGGAUGAGCUGGUGUUUAUUUCUGUGUGGCAUAAUUACCCCCUUCAUUCUUCCUAUCCUAGCUGUCAUUACUGCACAGGGCCUCGUAUUGGAACGUAGCAUAUAAAAUUAAAAUCGGGAGGAAGCUCCGU